AUCGUGCGGGAUGCGAGCUCUGCCGGCGCGGGACGCGAGCUGAUUAAAGAGUGCUGCAAAGAAGAUCAAGCAACCUUCUGCUCUGCAAGUUACUAGCAAUGGAGCAGAUGAAAGGGUCGGCCAUGCUUCUGUUGGAGCUGCUAAUCCUUGGGGGCCUGAGAGCAGAGAAGGGCUCUGCUGUCCUGGGCACCCUGGAUCUACAAAUAGAUGAGGAGCAGCCAGCAGGCACCAUCAUUGGGGACAUCAGUGCUGGCCUGCCCCCUGGCACCAGUGCCUACAUGUAUUUCAUAUCAGCGCAGGAGGGCAGUGGCGUUGCCACUGACUUGUGGAUAGAUGAGAACAGGGGCAUCAUCAAAACAGCCCGCGUCCUUGACCGAGAGACCAGGGACCAUUACAGCUUCAUAGCUGUUACCCCCGAGGGCAUCACAGUAGAAGUGAAUAUCCAAGUUAAUGACAUCAACGACCACGCUCCAGCCUUUCCCAAGCAACACAGCACUUUCCAGAUCCCAGAGCACACACCUGUUGGCAGCAGAUUUCCCUUGGACCCAGCCUUUGAUGCUGACAGUGGCCUGCUCAAUACCCAAGGCUACGUGAUUAAGGGUGACAAUGUGGGGCAGGCCUUCCGUCUGGAAACACGGCGAGGACCCAAUGGGGUCCUGUAUUUAGACCUGGUGGUCAGCAACGUCUUGGAUCGGGAGAACCGUUCGUCGUACUCCCUGGUGCUGGAAGCCUACGAUGGGGGCUCUCCUCCCAGGAGCAGCCAAAUGACGUUGGACGUGUCCGUCCAGGACAUCAAUGACAACGCUCCCACCUUCAACCAGAGCCGCUAUCAUACUCUCAUAUCAGAGAAUUUGAAACCUGGCAGUAGCAUCCUGCAGGUCUUCGCGUCCGACGCGGAUGAAGGAGACAACGGUGAUGUGAUUUAUGAGAUCAACCGGCGACAGAGUGAUCCUGACCAGUACUUCACCAUCGACUCCCGAACUGGAGUCAUCAAACUCAACAAGGGUCUGGACUACGAAGUCAGGAAGGUGCACGAGCUGGUGGUGCAGGCACGGGACAGGGCUGUCCACCCUGAGGUCACCACAGCCUUUGUCACUAUCCACGUGCGCGACUACAAUGACAACCAGCCCACCAUGACCAUCAUCUUUCUGAGCGAAGAUGGCUCCCCUCAGAUCUCUGAGGGAGCCCAGCCCGGUCAGUAUGUGGCACGCAUCUCUGUUUCUGACCCAGAUUAUGGAGAGUACUCCAAUGUCAAUGUCACCCUGGAGGGGGGGGAUGGCAAGUUUGCCCUCACUACAAAGGACAACAUCAUCUACCUUAUCUGCGUGGACCAGCUUCUGGAUCGGGAGGAAAGAGACUCCUAUGAUUUGCGAGUGACAGCGACUGAUUCGGGAACACCUCCGCUCCGAGCAGAAUCAACCUUUGUGCUGCAGGUGAUAGACAUCAAUGACAACCCUCCACUCUUUGACCAGCAGGAGUACAAACAGAGCAUCCCUGAGGUUGUGUACCCAGGCAGCUUUGUCCUGCAAGUGACCGCUCGAGACAAAGACCAGGGUCCCAAUGGGGAGGUGCAGUACAGCAUCGUGCACAGCCAAGACACCCAUUCCAGCUGGUUUGCCAUUGACCCUGCCACGGGUAUCAUCACCACUGCUGCCCCACUGGAUUACGAGAAGGAUCCUCAGCCUCAGCUGACAGUGCUGGCCACAGACAGGGGAACCCCUGCCCUCUCUUCUUCAGCUGUGGUGCUUGUGGCCCUGCAGGACGUCAAUGACAACGAGCCGGUGUUCAGGAGUAAUUUCUACAACGUGUCCCUGAAGGAGAACACCCCGGUCGGUACCUGCUUCCUACAGGUGACAGCCACCGAUGCCGACAGCGGCUUGUUUGGGACCCUUUCGUACUCUCUUGGUUCUGGCAUCGGCAGCGUGGUCCCGACGCAGUUCAGCAUCGACAAGCACACGGGGCAUCUGUGCACUGCGCAGCCCCUGGACCGCGACGAGGGCACGUCUGCCUACGAUUUCACCAUCACUGCUGUGGAUGGGGGUGGCUUGAACUCCAUGGUGUAUGUGAAGGUUUUCCUGGAGGACAUAAAUGACAAUCGGCCGGUGUUCUACCCACUGGAGUAUGCUGCCAGCAUCAGCACACAAAGCAUGCCGGGCACAGCUGUGCUGCGUGUUACUGCCCACGACAAGGAUGAGGGGAUGCAUGGCAGAGUGACCUAUCGCAUCGUCCUGGGGAACUCGCCCCCCCUCUUCUCCCUCAACAAGGACACAGGUGUCAUCUCUCUCUCGUGGUCCCUGAGCGGUAAAGCCAACACCCUGGUGCAGCUGGUGAUCUCUGCAGAAGAUGGAGGGGGCCUGCAGGCGCAGCCGAAUGCCCGAGUCAACAUCAGCAUCGUGGAGGGCACGGUCUCACCGCCUGUCUUUGAGCAAGCUCAGUACUUCUUCACAGUGCCGGAGGACACGCUGCAGGGCGCCACCGUGGGGGCUGUCCGUGCCCAAAAUCCUCCCGGUCACACCGAUGACAUCUUUUAUUCCAUCUCCUCGGGGGAUCCUCAUGGCUACUUUUCCAUUGACUCCGACUCUGGGCAGCUCCGCACCAGCUUGCCUCUGGAUCACGAGUCUCAGGCGGUCCUGGUUCUGGAUGUCCAGGCCCGCAGUGGUUCCCCCCCGGCCUACAGCAACACCCGCGUGAAAAUCUCCGUGUCAGACGUGAAUGACAACGCGCCAGCAUUCCCUUCUCCCUCUGACUCCAUUCUGCUGCCAGAGGCCACUGAGCCCGGGACUACAGUGUACACUUUGCAGGCCGAGGACCGUGACAGCGGUGCCAACGGCCAGGUGAAUUUUGAGCUGGUGUCAGGAGGCGAAGGCACCUUCAGCGUCGAGCGCUCGUCGGGGGCGGUGCGGCUGGCCGGGGCGCUGCAGUACGAAGCCAGCGCAGCCUACAGGUUGGCCAUCGCGGCCCGAGACAGCGGCGUGCCCCAGCUCAGCUCCACCUUCACGCUCCUGGUGCACGUGCAGGCUGAGCACGACAACGGGCCCAUCUUUGACACGCUCACCUACCGUGUGGAGGUGCGGGAAGGCGUGCCUGUCUCCACCCGCUUCCUGCAGGUGCGGGCCCUGGCACGGGAUGCAGAAGCUGUGACCCUGACUUACCACUUGCGUGCAGAUGGAGAUGCUGCCAGCUUUGGCAUCAUGUCUGAGAGCGGUUGGCUGUAUGUCAAAAGCGCCCUGGACCGGGAGACGCGAGACCUGUAUGUUCUCACAGUGCUGGCGUCGGCAGGAGGCGGCGGCUCAGGGGGGGAAGCCCGGAAAACGGGCACCAGCACCGUACGGAUCAGCAUCACUGAUGAGAACGACAACAGCCCCCGGCUGAGUGAGGAGCGGUACUUCUUCACUGUUCCUGAGAACCAGGCUCCUGGCAGCAGCGUAGGGAGGGUGAUGGCAAGCGAUCGGGACGCUGGGCAGAACAGCCGUCUCACCUACCGCCUGCUCCAGCACGACUCCAAUUUCCUCAUCCACACGCAGACAGGGGAGCUCAGCACCAAGCACAGCUUGGACCGGGAGCUGCAGUCCAGCUACCAGCUGCUGGUGAUUGUGCAGGAUGGAGGAGCACCGCCCCGCAGUGCCACGGGAACCAUCUAUGUCACUGUGCUGGAUGAGAACGACAACGCUCCUGCUUUUCUUCAUAUCCCUGCUGGCCAGGAGCUGACCGUGCAGGUGCUGGAAGAGAAGCCGUCGGGACUUCUUGUUGCCUCGCUGCAAGCCAAGGACCCUGACGAGGGUGAGAAUGGGACCAUCACCUACUCACUGAUAGGAGCCUGGGCAGAGCGUUUCACACUGCACACGGCCACUGGGGAGCUGCGGACUGCCACGGUGCUGCGCCGCUCCGACCGUGCUGAGUACGUCUUCACUGUGACGGCCAGCGACCGGGGCAUGGUGCCCUGCAGCACCUCAGCCGUCGUUCGUGUCCAGGUGCUGCCCUCCUCCCGCUUGCUGCCCAGACCCGAUGCCACCGUGCUGACGCUGCACCCCCCGGAGGGGGUCAGGCCGGGCUCUGUGAUCGGCUCAGUGGCCCCCCCCGAUGCCCCUGCCCGGGGACAGCUGACCUACACGGUGGUAGGAGGUGGCGGGGACGGCACUUUUGUUGUUGACAGCGUGACAGGGGAGAUCUACGCCGCCCGGGAGCUGGAUUACGAGGCCGGGGCCCGGCACACGCUGCAAGUGAGCGCCGAGGACACGCAGCACGGCUACCCGUCCAGCCGGCUGGUGCUGGUGCAGAUCCACGUGCAGGACUGCAACGACCAGGCGCCCACCUUCCCCGAAGACCCCAUCACCAUCGUGGUGCCCGAGGACGCGCAGGCCGGCUCGUCUGUCUUCACCUUCCAGGCUCUGGAUGGGGACGGGGCCGGCCCCAACAGCCAGGUGCGCUACGCGCUGCUGCGCCAGGAGCCCCCGGGGGGCCCUUUCCAGCUCGACGGCCGCUCGGGGCUGCUGAGCCUUCGCCAGAGCCUCGACCGCGAGGCCGUGGCCUCCUUCCUCCUGGUGGUGGAGGCCACGGACCAGGCCCGCAACGUCAGCCAGCGCCGUUCGUCCGCUGUGACGGCGCGUGUGUUCGUGACCGACGUGAACGACAACGCGCCCGUCUUCCUGUCGCCCGCUGCCAUCAGCGUCACCGAGGACCGGCCGACUGGGUUUGUGGCUCUGCAUGUGGUGGCCCAGGACAACGAUCUGGGAGAGAAUGGACGAGUGAGCUACUCACUGCGAGCGGGCAACAGCGAUGGGCGCUUCCACCUCAACCCCAGCACCGGUGCUCUCUCUGUUGUGCGGGCUCUGAACCGUGAGGAGGUGGUGCAACACAACCUGACUGUGGUGGCUGCUGACCAUGGCUUCCCGCGCCGUUCGGCCACACAGCUACUCUCCAUACUGGUGCUGGAUGUCAAUGAUGAAGCUCCCACCUUUGAGAAGCCUGAGUACGAGGCGCACAUCACGGAGAACCUUCCAGCUGGCAGCCCUGUCCUGCAGGUGCUGGCCACAGACCGGGACCUGGGUGCCAACGGACAGGUGACCUAUGGAGGUCUCUCUGGGGGGCCGUUCUCCAUCCACCCGCAGACAGGUCUCAUUGUCACCACGCAUCCCUUGGACCGUGAGGAGCAGGAGCAGCAUGUGCUGAUGGUCUAUGCCCGGGAUGGUGGCCUGCCCCCCAACCUCUCCAAGGCAACUGUGCGGAUAACAGUAGGGGAUGAGAACGACCACACACCGCAGCUGGAGAGUGAGUCCUGCUCUGUGGAGGUCCCUGAGAACCAGAGCCGCGUGGCGCUCUACACCCUGCGUGCCACUGACCCUGACGGAGACGAGAACGGGCGCUUGGAGUACCGCGUGGCAGAUGGAGAUCCUGAGCAGGAUUUCAUCUUAGACCCUGUCUCUGGUGUGCUCUCCACUGCACGUGCCCUCGACCGAGAGCAAGUUGCUUUCUACAGCCUCACAGUAGUGGUUCAAGACCACGGCACCCCACCACGCAGUGCAACCAUGUCAGUGAAUGUGCAGGUGUUGGACUUAAAUGACAACGCUCCUGGUUUUGCUCAAGCCAGCUACAUGGUGGAGGUGCCCGAGGAUUUGCCUGUUGGCUCCCUGGUGCUGCAGCUGGAAGCCAAGGACCCCGAUGAGGGCACCAACGGGCAGGUCACCUACUACCUGGGCAAUGAGUCCCUGGGCAUGUUCCAGGUGGAGCCGCAGAGCGGACGCAUCACAAGUGCCCAGGAGUUGGACCGGGAACGCCAGCCAACUUACAGCUUUCUGGCCAAGGCUGUGGACUCAGCACCAUGGGAGCCCAAAAGCGCGGCUGUGCGUGUCACGGUCACGGUGCGGGAUGUCAAUGACCACGCUCCUGCCUUCCUGCACAGCCCGCUCACUGUCAGCUUGUCUCGCCACACGCCGCUCAAGCAAGUCGUGGCCACCAUGAGGGCGGAGGACAGGGAUGCGGGUGCCAAUGCCUCCAUUCUGUAUCGCCUUGCCACCCCGAACUCGGCCUUCUCAAUCAACUCCUACACAGGGGAUAUCCAGCUGCUGCAGCCCCUGAGCUCACUCAGCCAGCGCCAGCGGACACUCUUCGUCCUGGCCACGGACCUGGGGCAGCCGGCGCUUUCGUCCACUGGUGUAGUGGUGAUCCAUCUGCAGGAAGAGCCCUACCGGGGGCUGCGCUUUCCCCGGAGCACCAAUGAAGUGGUCCUGCCAGAAAAUGCUGCUCCAGGUACUGCUGUCGCAAGCAUCCAAGCUGUGCACAUGGGGGGCUCUUCUGGGCGCAUCACAUACAGCAUCAUCAGUGGCAACGAGAAGAACGCAUUCCUUAUCCAGCCCAGCUCAGGUGCCAUCUCAGUUCAGGACUCCAGCAGCCUGGAUUUUGAGGCCAGCCCCCGGCUGCGCCUUGUGGUCCAGGCAGAGACAACGGCUUCCUUUGGCUUUAUGGCCAUAAACCUCAACCUGCAAGAUGUGAAUGACAACUUGCCACGCUUCCAGCUGCAGAACUACGUGGCAUUCAUCUGGGAGUCCCAGAGCUAUGACUCCCCAGUUAUCCAGGUCCUAGCAGAUGAUCUGGAUCAGGGAAUGAACGGGCAGGUGACUUACGCCAUCAACCAGUCCCUGCCGAUGACAGGCUUGUACCACAUCGAUCCUCAGAGCGGCACGAUCACCACUGCUGCCAUCCUGGACAGGGAGAUCUGGUCCCAGACCCGCUUGGUGGUAACAGCGAUGGACAGAGGGACACCCCCUCUCGUAGGUUCUGCUACGCUGACAGUUGUGGUGAUGGACAUCAACGACAACAGCCCCACCAUUCCUUUUCCCUGGGAGGUGCGGGUCCCAGAAAACAUGCUGCUUGGCACCCAGAUAGCCCAGCUGACGGGGAACGAUGUGGACUCGGGCCCGGCGCUCUCCUACACCCUCCUGCUGGAUGGUGAUGCUGUGGGAACGUUCAGUGUGCUACGCUAUGGGGGACGCAUCGCCCUGACGGGGCCGCUGGACUACGAGCAGCGCAGCCGCUACAGCCUCACACUGCGAGCCUCCGACAGCCGCCACGAGACCGAGGCCAACCUCACCGUCAUCGUGGAGGACAUGAAUGACAACGCUCCAGCCUUCAGCCAGGCCUUCUACCAGGUGACGUUGCCAGAACACACUCCUGCAGGGAGCAUCCUUCUCACCGUGAGCGCCACUGACAUGGACUCGGGCAGCAAUGGGGAGAUCACCUUCCACCUGGCCGUGCCCAGCCUUGACGUUGCAAUUGACCCCAGCAACGGGACCCUGUUCACCAUCCGACCGGUGGAAUUUGAUGCCAACCAGCCCACCCUGGAACUGGUGGUGGAGGCCCGUGACCACGGCUCCCCCAGCCUCUCGUCUUGGGCCACGGUUCAGCUUCAGGUGCUUGAUGUGAAUGACCACAGCCCCAUCUUCCAGGUGCCACACUACAACGCCAGCGUCCCUGAGGACCUGCGGCCAGGAACCACUGUGCUGACGCUGGACGCAGGCGAUGCUGACCUCUCCCGAGAGAACGCCGGCUUCGACUACACCAUUGUCAGUGGCAACGGUGGCAAUGCCUUCCAGGUGGAGAGCCGGGUGGCCUGGGCAGGUGGGCAGCUACGCACACAGGGUGCGUUGGUGCUUGUGGAGCCCUUAGAUUUCGAGGCCAUCCCGGUCUACAAUCUCACCGUGGCUGCCUUGGACCGGGGCCUGCCGCAGCGCAGCACCACGGUGCCUGUGCUCAUCACGGUGCAGGACGUCAAUGACAACCCACCCGUGUUCGCCCGAGCCGAAUACCGCACGGCAGUGAGCGAGAGCACGCCUCCUGGCACAGAGCUGCUCCGUCUGACGGCCCACGACGCCGACUCAGGGCCCCGCGGCCACGUUCACUACACCAUCAGCUCAGGUGACCAGCACGGGCUCUUCCAGAUCCAUGAGAGCACAGGUGCCCUGUGCCUGGCACGGCCCCUGGACCGGGAGACGCAGGCAUCGCACGCUCUUGUGGUGCAGGCCAUGGAUGUGCCAGGCGGGCACUUCGCUCUGGUGCCUGUAGCCAUUGAGGUGAAGGAUGUCAAUGACAACAAGCCGUACUUCCCAGUGGAGGUGCUGAGUGCCAGCAUGCGGGAGAACCUGCCUCCGGGCACGCUUGUGACCACCCUACGUGCCAUCGACACCGACACCGGGGUGUUUGGGGAGCUGCACUACGCAGUUCUGGAGCAGCCAGUGGGGGGGCCUGGUGUGGCAGAGGGCCGGGACGCCUUCGCCAUCAACAGCAGCUCUGGGGAGCUGCGUUCCCGGCUCACCUUCGAUUAUGAGCGAGCCAAAGCCUUCCAGCUCCUCGUCAGGGCCACGGAUGCCGGCAACGCCUCUGCUACGGUGACCGUCCGGGUGCUGGUGACCGGGGAGGACGAGUACGAUCCCAUCUUCCUGAGCCCCUCCUUCAGCUUUGAGGUCCCUGAGGGUGCCCACAAAGGGCAGAGCAUUGGGAGGGUCCUGGCAACAGAUGAGGACGAGGGGGCCGACGGUGUCGUGCUGUACAACCUGGCCAAGCCCUCGCCGUACUUUGCCAUCAACCAAACUACAGGCACCAUCUACCUGCGGGUGGACAGCCAGCCCCAGGCAGGGGCCGGGCGCACCAAGAGGGAGCCCCGUGAGAUGAGCCUUGAGGUGCAGGCGCGCAGCCCGCUGCCAGCCUCCCGCUCAGCCUCUGCACAGGUCACCAUCGACGUCACGCACACCUCCUUCGGCCUGGCUCCAGAUCUCAACCUGCUGCUGGUGGCCGUGGCCGCCUCGCUGGGCGUUGUGGUCGUGCUGGCUGCUGUGGCCAUCGUGCUGGCGCUGGUCCGCUCCCGUCACCGCCGGAGCCACGAGAAGACGGAGGGGGACCGGCCGCUGGCCCACGUGCAGAGCAGCUCUCUGCAAAAGCUGGGCCACGAGGAGCCGGCACUCCCCGGGGCUGAGCACAUCUACCACCAAGCGCUGCCGGGGUACGGGGGGGGAGCCGCGGGGCCGUACACGCGGGGCGGCUCCCUGGACCCCUCGCACUCCAGUGGCAGAGGCUCCGCCGAGGCAGCUGAGGACGACGAGAUCCGGAUGAUCAACGAGUACCCACGCGUGGCCAGCAUCACAGCGUCCAUGCAGGAGCACAUUUCGGCCCGCGGCCCCGACUCCGGCAUCCAGCAGGAUGCCGACCAGCUGUCCGACAUCUCCUGCGAGCCGGCCGCCCUGGAGAGCUCCCAGUGGUUCAAGAGCAAGAAGGGCUCCGGGCUGCUGCUCCCAGGGCCCACGUCGCAGCUGUACCGCGAGGAUGGGGGAGGCAGCGCCUUUCUCGGCGUGCGCUGCGGCCUCAGCGUCUCCUCCCAGCCCCAGGACUACACCUUCCCAGAGGAUGGCAAGCCCUCUGUGGAAGGCUCUCUCACCGCCAUCGUGGCCAGCGACGAGGAGCUCCGUGGCAGCUACAAUUGGGAUUACCUGCUGAACUGGUGCCCCCAGUUCCAGCCGCUGGCCAGCGUCUUCACGGAGAUCGCCCGCCUCAAGGAUGAGAGCUCCCUGCGCAAGCCCUUCCCGACCAAGCCCAAGGCAGAGCCCAAGCCCCGCAUCGACCCCCCACCCCUCAUCACCUCUGUGGCCCACCCGGGCGCCAAGUCCGUGCCCCCCAAGCCGCCAGCAGGCAGGACCUUCCCGCACCCAUCGUCGCUGCGUCGCUCGCCCAUCAGCCACGAGGGCUCCAUCUCGUCCUCCGCCAUGUCACCCAGUUUCUCCCCCUCGCUGUCCCCGCUGGCCGCCCGCUCCCCUGUGGUCUCUCCCUUUGGCAUCUCACAGGGGCCUUCCGCCUCCACCAUCAGCGCCGAGCACUCACUGGAGCCCUCUGAGGAGGCCGAGCUCAGGAUUUAGG